GCCUAGGUACCGUGUGAUUGUACAUUCUGCUGCCUACAUAACGUUGGCAUACCACAAGACACGAUGGAGGACCCAGUCAAAGAAAUCUCCGCUGUAAUCCACCUUCUCACGCAAUCCCCCCCGUCACUCCAACGCGUAACCAUCGACAAAUACUUUACACCCGAUGCCGCCUUUUCGCAUCCUUUCUGCCGGACGUGGAGUUAUGCCCAGUCGCGAUGGCUGGUCCAUGCUACCUACCGGUGGUAUAAGAUCAUGAGCCCAAAGAUUGAUUUGAGCGUGGACAGCGUGGCAUUCGACGAGACCAACCUGAUUCUCUACGUGACCAUAUCCCAGAUUUUCCGCAUCUGGGCCGUACCAUUCUACUACGCGCCCGUUCGCCUUACUACAGUGCUCAAUCUGCGGCACUCGCCCUCGAUGGGCAAAUACUAUAUUGAAAAGCAAGAAGAUCUCUAUCAGACAGAUCAGUGGAUACGAUUCAUACUGCCCGGGGGCUGGUUGCUGGUCUGGCUAUGGCACGCGUGGGCUACGUUUUUCUGCUUGUUGGGUACGUAUCUGGUCUAUCCCGUUACAUGGAUUGAGGAGAACUGGGGAUGGGGCGAGGGCGUAGGCAUGGAGAGCAGCAGGUAUGCCAUCAAAGACGGCAAGAAGGGACAGAUGACAAGUAAUGGGACGGCAUGGGACGAGGUGAUUGAAGAGCUAAAGGGCAAAAUGAUUGGCUAAGGCUACUCUGUCCUCUUGUCCCCAACGAGGUAGACAUUUGACAUGUUGUGUCUCGGUAAUAGUAACAAGUAGAUUGCGGUCAAAAA